GCCCGGCCCGUGUAUUAAAUCAGUGUAAUAUUGGUGAGCUCGAAAUGUUAAAUCAGGCCUUAUUGACAAAGACAAGGCAGCCUUUCUAAGAGCAUCUUUCAAGGGCCAUCUGUAGCGGAGUGAACUAAGCUGCAUGUAUUGAUUUCAUCACCUCCACUUCUAACUAAAACUCUCUUCUGGACCAGCAUGAAUUCAAGAAUCAGUCUUUAUUUCUGUUGGAGAUCAGCAGGGAAUCUUGAUGAUGUUCCAAAGCUGUAGGAAAAGAAAAUGGAGUAUCUGCCAACAAAAAGUUUUCCACUCAGUUCAGAAGAUUACAAGCUGUACGAGGAAGUUGGUGAAGGUGUCAGUGCCACAGUGUACAGGGCUCUCUGUAUUCCACGUAACGAAAUUGUUGCUAUAAAGGUUUUGGACUUGGAGAGGUGCAAUAAUGACUUGGACAAUAUUCGCCGAGAAGUGCACACCAUGAGUUUGAUAAAUCAUCCAAAUUUGUUGAGGGCACAUUGCUCUUUCAUUUCUGGUAGCAGUCUCUGGAUUGUGAUGCCAUUCAUGGCGGGUGGAUCCUGUUUUCACAUAAUGAAGUCUGUUCGUCCAAAUGGGUUUGAGCAGCCCGUUAUUGCUACUGUGUUAUGUGAAAUAUUAAAGGCUCUUGCUUAUCUUCAUGCCCAAGGACACAUUCAUAGGGAUGUUAAGGCUGGAAAUAUAUUAAUCGACUCUAAGGGUGCAGUUAAGUUGGGAGAUUUUGGAGUUUCAGCUAGUAUGUUUGACAGUGGAGAUAGACAACGUUCAAGAAAUACAUUUGUUGGAACUCCAUGCUGGAUGGCUCCUGAAGUGAUGCAGCAAUUGCAUGGAUAUGACUUCAAAGCAGACAUUUGGUCAUUUGGAAUUACAGCUCUAGAACUUGCUCAUGGUCAUGCUCCAUUUUCCAAGUAUCCACCAAUGAAGGUGUUGAUGAUGACUUUACAAAAUGCACCACCUGGUCUUGACCAUGAAAGGGACAAGAAGUUUUCAAAGUCAUUUAAAGAGAUAGUGGCUGCUUGCUUGGUCAAGGAUCCAAAGAAGCGUCCCUCCUCAGAGAAGCUUUUGAAGCAUCGUUUCUUUAAACAUUCACGGUCAAAUGAAUUUUUGGCUCGGACAAUUCUUGAUGGCCUUUCUCCACUCGGCGAUCGUUUUAGGAUGCUGAAGGAGAAAGAGGCUGAAUUCCUAGCACAAAACAAAGCUAUAUAUGGGGACAAAGAAGUAUUAUCACAGAAAGAGUAUAUACGAGGAAUCAGUGAAUGGAAUUUUGAUCUGGAGGGUUUAAAAAAACAGGCUACUCAUAUUCAGGAUUGUGAUGGCAUUUCAAAUGGUCUUCAAGAUUUGAGCAGCAAGGAGGAGGGAUCAGAUAAUUUGGCCGUACUUGGAGAUAGGUUGUCAAUGCAAAUUACAAAUAGUUCUAACUGUGAAAAAAGUACCCUCUUGCCAGAGGAUGGCUCAAAAGAGAUGAAUAAUGUUCAAAUUGUUGAGAGUUCAUUAGCUUCUUAUCCUGUUCGUCCUCCAGAACUACAACCGCUCAACAGCCACUUUGAUAGUCACCUAGAUAACGUCAAUGGACAUAGUUCCAAUCAGGAAGGAGCUAACCACUCCAUUAGCAAAGAUUCCAUGGAGGUGUUAUCAUCAAUCAGUGACAAAGGAACUAGAAGCUUUGGAAGCGAUGAUCUGAAGUUUUUUAGCUCUCUACCACUAGAUGGGAAUUCUGGAAGUUCAUCCUUCAGUUGGUCUGUUCAAUCAAAGAAUGAUGUUCCUCUAAAUUCCAGUCCAAUAGGAUCAAAUAACUCAAGUGUUGGAGGAUCUAUAAAUUCUAUGACAAGCUCAUCUGUUUCAAUAUUAUCCUCAUUGCAGCGUAUAUUGGUGCAGAACACCAUGCAAAGGGAGCAAACUUUAAGAGUGAUUAGAUAUGUAGAUAAUCUAACAGAAUUUAUGAAGGCUACAAGCCACAACGAGUACAUGCAGAUGCUUUCUGCUUCUGUGAGGGAGAGAGAACUGCAAUCUCAGAUUAUCAAUAUGCAACUAAGGAUUAGACAACUUGUUGAUGACUUGCAGGAACAAAAAAAUAAAAAUUCUGAGCUGGAAGGACAAUUAAACACUUUGCUCAACAAAGUCUAGAUGCAGAAGAACAUUUGCACCUCCAAUGACCCAUAGUAAAAAGAAAAAUAUCUGGAGAGAUACAGUAACGUAUUGGACCUGAAUAUGCUGGUCAUUAGUCUGAAUUGGUGAAAUACUGGAAUCUAUAAAAAUUAUUCAACAGGCUCCAGAAGGAAUUCCGGGGAGCCUAUGAAAAAUCCCUGCAUGUAUAUCACAUUUGUGAAAAGCUACAAAAAAAUGUGGACC